CCCCAACAUCCGUGAAAUUUUAACAGUGAGGCCAGUGCCAGUGUCAGUGCCAACCAGAUUAGGAGUGCCAUCAGCUUUUGUCCCUUUGCUUUCGCAUUUUGAACUACUCCCUCCCGCUGCCUUUUGGCUAUACGUAAAAGAAGAUCCAUCUAAUUUCCCAACAUGUCCCAGUCCCAAGCAUACAUCUCUCUCUCUCUCUCUCUCUCUCUCUCUCUCUCUCUCUCUCUCAUUCUUAUUUCAUCAAUGAUCAAUCACAUACACAAACCCGUCCGAUCACCUGAAACUACCUAAAAGACAAACCGUCGGCUAAGCAGUGGUAGCCUCAGACGCCCAAUCAUCCUUGAAUCCCGUGUCGCCGCCUCACUCAUUCCCAACAUCAGUACUGUUCAUCCAAUAACCAACCCCCACGUGCCCCCCUUCUCAUAACGUCCCUAUGUGCGUGAGCCUCAAGAGACAGAUUCCCAUUUUAUUUUGCAUUUUGUCUGUUAUAAAGAAAAGAAACAAAGAGCUCCAUCGCCUUCCUUGCCUACCACUUUGCAACAGUUUCGUUUUUUUCACAAAAAGCAGCAUGAAAAUGGAGACGAGUUUGGGCUCCACUGCUCAUCCACCAAAUUCUAAUCCUGCUUUCAGUAGCGAGUUUAACAUAAACUCCCAUGAAGCCAACUUGAACCCCAUUUUCAACGACUCCAAUCUCCAACCUCUCGUCCCUCUACCCUCUGAUCCUUGUCUCUUCAACUUCUUCACCCAAGACUUCCCUUCUCUUCCCAUCGAUCUCGACUACUCACUCCCAGACCUCCUCCCUGACUCCACUCACUUUCUCAACUUCUUUUCCAAACCCUUACCUGACCUCCACUCCCUCCAACAACCCCCACUCCCUGCCUCCACCUCAUCUACGCCUAAACUUAAACGUACUCGACUCAACUUAAACCUCUCCCACUCUGACAACCCUCAAACCCUCCACUCCAUUGUCAAGAGCUUCAACUCUCCUCCUCCAAUCAUCCCACACAGUGAGCUAGCUCGAAAGCGUAGGCAAAAGCUAAGUGAGAAGAUCCGUUGUCUCCAAAAGCUAAUGCCAUGGGACAAGAAGAUGGACACUGGCACCAUGCUUCAAGAGGCUUAUAAAUAUAUCCAGUUCUUACAAACUCAAAUCGCCAUUCUCCAAUCAAUGCCAAUUACUUCCUGCUUUUUAUCGAUUGAACAUAUUAAUGCUCCUCUUGGAUUCGAUUAUGCUGGGUUGGAAAGGUUGAAUAGACAGCAGCUUUUGCAGGUGUUGGUUAGCUCUCCAGUGGCUCAAACCAUGCUUUAUUCACAGAGUCUUUGCGUUUUUGCUUAUGAGCAGUUGGUUUCGCUCAAGAAGGCUAAGGAGAGGAAAACGGUGCUUCAACAGUUUCUCUUUGGUAAUUGAACUGCUAAAAAAAUGGAGCCAUGAUAUGGUUUUAAUAUAAUGUUUUACGGAUCGAUUUUCUUGUUUUGUUGUUAGAUUUUCAAUCUUUAGGGUUAUAUGUACCUGGAUUUUAGUUUUAAUACUAGUUUUUAAGUACAGGGCUUAAAUCAAUGCAAUGAAAUGAAUCUGUUUGGAAAGGAAUAGGGGAUUUCGCAUGGUUCAUCAUUUUGAGUUCUGGUAAUGUUUUUUGAAAUUUUUUUUGUCUUUCAGUUUUAACUUUUUCUGUACGUCUGAUUUGAAGCCUAUGGGGAGUUUUUUCACUGGUUAGAAAAAACAAUUGUGAAAAGAAAGUAGUAUUUCUUGGGACCAAUUUGGGAGACAUAUAGUCUGCCAAACUGAGAUUCAUACAGCCAGCCUUGGCCCUGAUUUUCCACUUUAUGCAUCAGCGGAACUGUUUCGAUCCCAAACAAGUAAUGGCUUAAAAGGGGAAAUUUUGUACCAAUGGCUAGCAUGAACUUCAAGGCUUUGUAGAUCCUGAUUUGGUUUGAUAUGAUAGGCUCGAAAGUGACAACCUGAGCUGUGAGUGAAUUGGUUUGUGCGUGCGAAAGUUGAUGAAAAUGUGGGGUUCGUGAGUUCAUAAGUACGGGAUACCGAAUCUUGACGAUGAGGCUCACGCUCAUCUCAUAUUUUCUUUGCAUUCGGGUGAAUAAAAACUUAUUGCUUCGCCGUCCUUAACAAGAAGUAAAGCAACAGAAAUGGGAUUUUGAUUCUCAGUGUUUAUUUACCGCUUAUUUUAUAUUGGUCUGACAUAUAGGUGGCUUUACAGAAAGAUUAAUCGCACCUCUUUUUUUUAUAUACAAAUAAACUGCAAUUUGGGGUUAUUUGGUACAAAUAAGCAAUCGAGGAUAAGAGAAUAGAUUAUAAAUAUUAUACUAAAAUUUAAAUAUUAGAUUUAUUUAAUAUUAUUUUUAGAAAUUAAUUA